AUGUGUUCGGUAGUCCCCGACUAUUCGCCAGGCUUCAAGAAGCCCCCCCGGACGCUGCGUCUGAAGCGGAAAAGGUUUCAGAGGAGCCAGCCAGCCCCUUCCACCGGGCAGUCGCCCACCGCGGCCGUUUCCAGCCCUCUCGGAGACCUCGCUCUUUCCCCUCGGCCCUUUCCCGGCAUCCGCAGGCGCAACCCUUUUUCGAGCCUGGAGAAUACUCCGCGCUCGCCGCUUCCCCAAGGGCCCAGCCAGUGUUUCUCUCCGACGCAGAGAGUAGUGGAGAAGGAGCCGCCAUCCACUGGGAACGACGCCCGCACCGGCUCUGGCGAAGAGUUCUUAAAUGGUCUUAAGGAAGGCAAGACCAUUGUGAAACAAGAGUUUUAUGAAACAUCACCUCCAGCCUUUGAUGACCCACAUCAGAACACUUCCCAUACUGAAGUUUCUUCACCAAGUUACGAAUUUCCUACAGAUUGGAGCAUUAAAACUCGUCUGCUCUUCAAAUCUCCCCAUUCGUUUGCCUGGGCGGAUCAUUUAAAAGCACAAGAAGAAUCUCAAGGGUAUGUCCAACACUGCAGAGCCACAUCAAUAAACCUGCCCCAAAGUAUUCAGGAACCAAAACUCUCCACAGAGCUUCGAUGUGCUCUCCAGCAAAGCCUCGUAUAUUGGCUUCAUCCCUUCUUGCCAUGGCUACAGCUGUUUCCUCGUAUUGGUGCAGACAGAAAAGUUGCUGGAAAAUACAGUCCUUGGUCCCACGAUGAAGCACUGCAGCAAGUUCUUAUGAGUGAAUGGUCUCUCAGUUUUACCUCACUUUAUAAUCUGCUGAGAGCCAGACUGUGUCCCUAUUUCUACGUUUGCACUUACCAGUUCACUGUGCUGUUCCGUGCAGCAGGGCUUGCUGGAAAUGAUAAGAUCACUGCACUGAUUUCUCCCACAACCAGAGGUUUAAGAGAAGCCAUGAAAAACGAUGGAAUUGAAUUUAAUUUACCUUUCCAAAAAGUUAAAAAAAGAAAAUGUAAUUCUUCAGCAUCCAACUUAGAAACAGGACUUCCUAGUGGUUCUGAGACAAUAGGCAAGGAUGCUGAAACUGAUGAGGAACAAAUGUUAAGUAGUGGCGACGACGAUGAAGAGGGAUUUUCAUGGUUGGAAGAAAUGGGUGUUCAAGACAAAAUUAAAAAACCAGAUGCAAUUAAUAUCAAACUCUGUAAAGAAAGAAAAGAGGUACAACUAGAUCACAAACCUGAAUCUGUUGUACUAGUGCAAGGAGCAAACACAUUCACUUUACUUAACUUUUUGAUGAACUGUAAAAGUUUAGUGGCUUCUGCAGGCCCUCAGGCUGGAAUUCCUCCUACAUUGCUGUCUCCAGUUGCUUUUAGAGGUGCAACGAUGCAGACACUCAAGGCUCGAAGCAUAAAUGUGAAAACACAAGUUCAUUCACAGUACAAAGAUAUAUUUAGCUUGGAGAUUGUGGGCCCCAUCAUGCCUCAUUCUUUGCAUUCUUUGUCAAUGCUGCUCAAAAUUGCUCAAAGGGGAACCUUUUCUGCUAUGUGUUACACACAUGAGCCAACAGCAGUGUUCAAUACAGGCACCAGCAAUGAGAAGAGCUUAACAAAAGAAUCUAAAGACCUUAGUAGGACUGGACUGCAUCCCAGCACCUUGAAUCAACUGGUACUCUCUUCAACAUUAGGGAAGUCUUCUAUUCGGCUCUUAGAAAUGAAUGAUUACAUCUAUACAUGGAAAUCCUAAGUAAACGGUGUCACUCAACAAAUAAGUUGCCAUUGGCAUUCUUUGAACACUCAAGCUGCUGUUAUGCCCAUCUAAAACAGCAUUGCAGGAAGAUCAUCUUGCUUAUAAAACUGUAAUCUAGUCCUACAGUGGGCUAACUUUCAUAGUGAAUGGAUCAAACUUGACUAUUCUGUGUAGCUUAACACCAC